AUGACCGGAAACGCGCACAACACCCCGGAACCAGUCCUCGACAAAGUUGACAGCAGCGCACCUGUGGCUAAUGAACACCAAGGAACCGUCGGCGCUGACCACGUCUCAGCGGACAAGAACGAGGUCGGCUCUCAGGCUGAUGUCAGUAGCCGUGCUUCUUCAGUCAAUCUCCCGCGUCCUGGACACGGACAGCGAUCCAAGAGCACCGCCGGAAAGGCCCCCAAACUUUCCAAAAAAAGGGCAUACAUUCAGCGAAGCCAUUUUCCGAUGCUUGAGAAUCGUCGCCGAGACCGCCAACUCGCGGCUCGUGCUGCAGGAUAUGCCGCUAUCGCUCGUUCCAAGCACAGGAGCAUCGUCAGUCGCCUUGAACAACUUAGCAACACCCUCUUAGUUAUCGACAACGUCCUGAACGACGGCGAUCGCAACGAUUCGGACAAGAUCGACCACGCCCUGGCGCUCAUUGAACAGGAGAUUGGGGGGCAUUGCCUUUGGGAUUCGGGCGACUCUGACUGUGUUUCUUUGGGAGGAAUUCAUUCCGACAGCGACUAG